AUUGACCCGAUCGUUCCGGACGAUGGUUUCUCAUCACAAAAAAUUCGGCAGUCCCGCACACCAACCCCAAAUUCAACCCGUCAUUUUAGAUUUUUUGGAGUUGUCUACCUCUUCCCCGCGUUCGAGUCGCAUCUCCCGGGACCUCGGCGGACCCACAUCUUGCCGAAUAACACCACAGCCAACGACAGACGUAUAAGUCGCGGCCCCCCUAGUACCCCCCAAAAUGCAUCUCCCACCCUGUCAAGAAGUAGUUUUGGUAGCACACUCGUAGAGAAAGAGACACACGCACACAGAGAAACAACAAUGCCACUCCAAUCCCGCGCCCAAGCCCUCGUCAACGCGCAAACCGGCGCCGACGCCCGUCUGUCCAGACACACCACCACCACCUCUUCCUCCUCCGCGCCCGCCGUCCCCAACAUCGAAGCCCUCAUAGCCCACGUAAAACAGCACGGCUACGUAAUCAUCCCCUCCGCCUUCUCCGCCGCGGAAGCAGACGAAGCCCACGCCGAGAUCGUCCGCCUGACAUCCUCGCCUGAGACAGCCGGGCCAGCGGGGGGGUUCUCCGCCAAUGCCAAUAACAAGGACAGCAUCCCGACCACCAGCGCAAGCGGCAGCAGCACCACCACCACCACCACAGGCGGCAGAAACAGCUUCGAAGGCUUCAAAACCCACCGCAUCUACGCCCUCCUCAACAAGUCCCCCGUCUUCCGCACGUUCCCCACCCACCCGGCCCUCCUCGCGCUCAACGACCACUUCCUCGACCCGGGCUUCCUCCUCAACGCCUUCCACAGCGUCUACAUCCAGCCCGGCGAGGCCCCGCAGGCGCUGCACCACGACGACGGCUACGUUGGGGUGCCGAGGCCCCAUCGGCCCUUUGGGACGGGCGUAAUGGUCGCCCUCGACGACUUCACCCCCGCAAACGGCGCGACCGUCGUCAUCCCAGGCUCCCACACCUGGGGCCCCGACACCGACGCCGCCCAACUCCCCCAGCGCAAAGACGCCAUCCCCGUCGUCAUGGACAAGGGCAGCGCCGUCUUCUUCCUCGGCACCCUCUGGCACGGCGGCGGGGAAAACACCUCGCCCGACCCCCGGAGGGCGCUGACGAUCCAGUACUGCCAGCCCUGGAUGCGGCCCCUCGAGAACCAGAUUCUCGCCGUCGAGUGGGACAAGCUGGCCGGGAUGCCGAGGCGGCUGGUGGACUUGCUCGGGUACGAGCCCGGGGCCCCGUUUGUCGGGUACGCGGAUGGGGUUCACCCGUGGAAGGUUGUCCAGAAGAGGCUGAGGGAGCAGGAGGAAAGGGUUCACAGGCAGGAGAAACUAUAA